AUGUCAUCGGACGAUACCACUCAUUAUUCAAUGACCGAAUGUGCUGUACUAGAAAUUACAACUAAUUAUUUAAGCAAAAUACAUAAUGUAACAACAUUACAAAAUAUUAUGAAUAUAAAUAAUGCGGGUCAGUGUAAUACUAAACAUAUUCAAGAUUUAAUUAAUUCACAAUUAAAAUUAUUAAAAAUUGAUCCAAAACGUUUGAGUUUAUCAAUCAAAACUAUUGCAGAUUCAAAUACGGAAACCGAUUUUAAAGAAAUGACAAAUGAACCAACCCAUUUUGAUAGUGAAACAUUUAAUGAAGGUGCACAAUUAAUUUCAACCAAAUUAGAGGCAGCUAAAAUUUCAAUAUUAAAUGAUAAAAAUUAUGUAUUAGCACAGGAAAUAUUUGGUUCAUUAUUACAUACAAUACAAGAUUUUUAUAGUCAUACAAAUUGGAUUGAACUUGGUUAUAAUGUACCAAAUAAUGCCUUGGGUAGAAAUGAAAUACUUGGUAAUUAUGCUCCAAAAUGGUUACGCACAUGUAUCAAUUGCGAAGGCGACUCAUGUAAAACGAAUAUUGAACCAUAUGUAAUUGAAAAUAAUUUUUUAACUAGUGGAUAUUUUUAUUUAAAAACAAUGGGUAUACCAAUUGAAGAGAAACCAUUUGGAAAAUGUAGUCAUGGUGGAUUGAAUGAUUAUACAAUAAAUACAGAUGCUACAGGUGGUGGUAUUAAUAAAGAUACAUUUAACUCAGUUCAUGGCCAUUUACAUGCAAAAGCUGCAUUUGUUUCUUAUCAAGCAACAAUACAAAUAUUAAAUGAUUUUUGGUUGAUGUUAGGUGAUAAUGCAUUUGGAGAAUUUCUUGGUUUAUCUAUGAGUUUUGUUAAUGUAUCAUCGAGUAGUUUAAUUAUCGUAAUGGAUGACACUGGUAGUAUGAGUCCUUAUAUUGAAAUGGCUAAACAAAUAUCAAUUGGUAUUGUUGAUAUUCAUAAUCAAUUAGAAUAUAAACCAAUUAAUUAUAUUUUAUCACCCUUUAAUGAUCCAACGUAUGGACCGUUGACAAUUAGCGAUAAUCCAAUGGCGUUUACAGCGCAAAUAAGUAAAUUAAUUGCUCAUGAUGGUGGUGAUGCACCAGAGUUGUAUUAUCAUGGCGUUCUUGAAGCACUUAAAGUAUGUGAAUACGGUUCAUCUAUGUACACAUUUACGGAUGCACCAGCCAAAGACGCUUAUCUUAAAAGUGAAGUAAUAGCGUUAGCAACAGAUAAAAAGGUUACAAUUACGUCGUUUUAUGCCACCCCCGGUGUACGUAAACAAUUUGCUCAAUCAAAAUCAAAUUCAAUAGGAAUGAUGAAAGUAGAAGAUGUAAUUGAAGAUUUAGCUAAUUCAAAUCUUGCGUCGUUAACCGGUGGUGUUACAAUAGGUAUUAAUCCACAAGCAUUGAAUACAACAGCAGAUUACAUAAUUCAACAAUUAGAAGGUGAUAAAUUAAAAACCAUUGUUUUAGGUAAAGGAUAUAAUACAAAUUUUACAUUUUACAUUGAUGCGACCAUAACAGUAUUAUAUAUUAAACUAUCGGCAACUACCAGUUUAUUGUCAACAAAUAUUAAAUUAAUCAGACCAACAGGAGAUUUGUUCAUACCAAUACCCGUAUCACAAACAGCUUAUCUUUUCAUGUAUACAAUACCAAUAACGUCAAGCGAUGACAUUGGUCAAUGGACAGUUGUAUCUGAUUUAGCUAGAACUCAUACUAUACAGUUGAACGGACAGAGUGAAGCAUCUUGCAUAUCUACAUUACAACAGCAAAUUAUUGGUACUUCUGAUCUUAGUUUCACACCACUAACAACACAUCCAAUUUCAAAUCAAUCAGAUUUAUUCGUGCUUACAGUUUGUGAAAGUUUAACAUCAAAUAUAACAGACGUACAUAUAAAUGUAAUGGAUGUUAAUGAUGGUUCAAAAAUAUUGAUGACACUAAAUUCAAUACGAAUCACGUCAACUGGAUUUUUAGCCAAAAUAACUAUACCAGAUGUUGAAUUUCGUCUAAGUUCAACUGCUGAAUUAGAAGAUGGAACUUAUGUUCAACGACAAGAAAAACAAAUUAUCUCACCUACAUCAAUCUCAAUGACCAUUAAUAAUCAACCAUAUUUUGUGUUGGUUAAUCAUACACUGUCAAUGAAUUAUACACUCUUCAAUCGCGGUGAGGUUCCGUUACAAGUUACUCUGGUUGUUAAAGAUUCGUUAGAGCUGCUAACUAAUGUUGGUAUAACGAAAAGGUAUAAUAUUUUGAACCAUAGUCAGAUUAAUGACACAAUUGACAUAAAUACAAAAUUUUGUUGA